UGCGCCGCGACGCCACUAGACGAAGUCGCGGCCCGUCCGUCCUUUUACGGGCCAGGCAGUGAAUGCACCGCUCGGAUUUUAAAUGGAGCAAUUAACCUUCGGGACGGACUUUUGCUGCUUUUCAGCCGACUUUCUCUGGUGUACUGCGACUAUACCGCUUCCGGAAGGUCGCUGCAGUUCCUUGAAGAGUACAUCGCGAAAGAGGUGCUGCCAUGUUUAGGCGACACACGUGCGUCCACUUCGAUCUGCAGCCUACAAUCUUCUCUGUUCAGACACGAAGCCAGAGACAUCGUCAGGCACGCGGUGGGGGCCGGCGAGCAGGAUGCGGUGCUGUUCACGGGUCAAGGCACGGCGGCUGCCCUUCGCGCGCUUCUGCGACACCUCGAUCUCUCCAAGUCCACGGUGGUGUUCGUCGGACCGUUUGAGCAUCACGCGAACCUGCGGCCUUGGCGGGAGCACGGCGUCAGGAUAGUACGAGUGUCCGAGACCCGUGAGGGUUUCUUAGACCUAAACGAUCUCGAACGGAGGCUGCUCAAAGUGCGAGCGGAGGGUGUUACGCAAAUGAUCGGAUGCUUCAGCGCUGCCAGUUGCAUAACCGGUGUUUUGGCAGAUGACGUCGCCACGACCCUUCUCCUACACCAAUACGGAGCGCUCAGCAUCUGGGAUUACACGGCCGCAGCGCCGUACGUUCAGAUCGACAUGAAUCCGCAUUUGCCGGGCGUCGGUGAGACAGCCGUCCACAAGGACGCGAUUAUUUUCGCCGGGCACAAGUUCAUCGGCGGUGUGCAGUCCCCCGGCGUGCUCGUGACCAAACGGUCCCUACUCAGAGAUAAAAUUGGCACGGAAGACAUGAGGGACUCCCAUCACUAUCACCGUGAUCCGGAGCUCCGGGAAGAGAGCGGCACCGCCGGUGUCGUCGAGACGAUCAGAUGCGGACUCGCGGUUCAAUUGAAGGAGAACGUCACGCCGCGAGCCAUCGUUGCCCGCCAAGAUAAGAUCUCCAGGCAAGUGUUGGCCCACGUGCGCACGAUCCCGGAACUGAUUCUGCUCGGCAGUGGCUCGCAGAAUGUUAAGAGGCUCCCGAUCUUUUCGUUCAUGGUGCGUCACCCGCGCGGCACGUUUCUCCACCACAACUUCGUGUGCGCCGUUUUGAACGACGUGUUCGGGAUACAGGCGCGGGGCGGCUGCGCGUGCGCGGGUCGUUACGCUCAUGACCUGAUGGGAAUCGACCAAGAACUCGCGAAGGAGUACCAGAAAGUGCUCGCAGAAGGCGAGAGGAACACCGACAACGAGGAGACCAACGCGGAGGGGCUGCGACCCGGCUUCGCGAAGCUGUCGUUCCCAUACUUCAUGUCCGAGGCUGAAGUCGCGUUCGUCCUGGAGGCGCUGAAGAUGGUAGCCACGGAAGGCUGGAAGCUGUUGCCGCAGUACGUGCUGAACCCGGACACCGGGGAAUGGCGGCACCACACGAACAGCGUGUUCAAAGAGCGGAAAUGGCUGAGCUCGAUCAGGUACACCGACGGGAAGAUGAACGCGUCCGAGAGGAGGGUGUCCGGGUCGGGCGUGCUACCGCAGAACUAUGGGGACUGCCUGCAGACAGCGCGGAAUAUCUUCAACCGCGCCAGGAAAAUGGCGCAGCGCUACCCGCUGCAGAUCGAUCGCAGCUACAACUUCGUCUCGGAGCGGAUGGAAGCGCUACGAUGGUUCAUGCUGCCGAGCGAGGCUCAAGACCUGCUGCUCGGCAACUCGCAGAACGUGAAGCAGGACGUGCCGUUCAAUCCUACGCUGUCCUGGAGCCGGCACGGGCAUCACACGCCGACCACCACGCACGACACACAAGUGAACUGUCUGGCCCUGGUGAACAGCAUCCGCAGAUUGAACAGCGACAUCAUCAGAGUAGGGAACGUGCCGAUCUCGGCGACGUCGCCCAGGCACAAAAGCCUGCCGGCGCUCAGCUCCGUCAGGCGGACGCUGCUGAACGCUGCCGAGUUCCAGUGUUCUUACUCCAGCGGCGGCAGCAGCGGCAACGAGGAGGAACGCUCGACCAGCGCCGACCGGAACAACGAGUCGACAGGGCAGAGGUCGCCGGCUACCUGCCCGAGUUCACCCAUGCCGGUGAGAUUCGCUGUUGGCGAGGUAGUCACGCCCUCGGCCCUCGGCGCGAUCCCUCACGCAGCCAGCCGGCCGAUCAAAGAGGAAAGAGAUAUCAUCGAGGCUGCGAACGCCGGUCGCGCGAGGUGCAAUUCCCUCGGCAGCACCGGCGGCGGAGAGAACGCGUCGGUGAACCGCAAAGUGGCGUCCUCCUCCUCGUCCCCUAUACCGCCGCUACCGUUGAGUCCUCAGACUCUGACCAGCUUAGGGUUGAGCGGGAGCAACGGCAGCUCGGCGAAGCCGAGGCGGCACCACUGCAGCUGCAGCAGCCAGACGGAACUGAACUCGCUGGAGCUGGAGAACGGCAGCCCGAACCACUCGAUCCUCUCGUUGACCUAUCACACCGCGGCGUCCCCGCCGUCCUCGUACUCCUCCGUCAGCGACUACACGGAGAAGUUCGUGGCCGGCGGCAGAUCGUCGCCGAUCUCGGCGAACGGCGGGCAAAGAUCGGAGGACGAUCUGAGCGCCUACGUGAAGGAGGUGACGAAGGAGCUGGCGACGGAGAUCAAGUCCGAGAUACGGGAGGUGAUCUCGAAGGUGGACGACGCGCUGUCCGAGACGAACACGUCGGAGAACACGCCGCAGCAUCACUCGCGCGGCAUGGCAAUGAUCGGCGGGCAGUCCUCCACCGAGGAGAACAGGCAGACCAGACACGACUCGUUCAACGCGAGCAACAUCGCCGAGUACCUGAUGGAGUUCUCGAAGGAGAUGGCCAGCGAGGUGAAGUCCGAGAUCAGAUGCAUGGUGAACGCGGUGGACGGGCUGCACAGACACUCGCCGGACGCGUCCGCCUCCGAUGUUUCCUCGAACGGCUGCGGCUCGCCCGACAGAGCGGGCAGGGUCGCGCAGCCGUCCGCGUCGCCUAGACUCUCCAGUACCAGGCGAAGCGGCCCGAUCGAGAUCACGGGGGGGAAGGUCGCCGGGCUGACGCAGCAGGAAAGCAAGAUGUCCAGCGAGUGUUCCUCCGACGAGACGGUCAUCUACGUGAUGAAGCCCGCGGAGAACGGGCAGCUGGUCAGCAGCCAGUCGAAGACUGACGACGAGGAGGUUGUCCACGAUCUCGACGACGACCUGAACGACGACGACGCGCAGGAGAGGGGCGGCCUGGAGAUCGGCGACGCGAGGAAGAUCCUACCAAAGAUAUACUCGGCGGUGAACUCGGUCAGCUCGCAGGACAGCGGGAUCAAUCUGUCCUUCCACGAGAGCGACAAGUCCCUCGACUCGGUGGACUUGAAGCGGAGCAGCAGCGCGGAAUCGAACUCCGCGAACAGCUACGGCCGCAAGCCGAGGACGGCCUCCGUGACGGCUCUGACGGGCAAGUCCAACUGCAAGCAACAGGUACGGCAGAACGACGACUUCUCGGAGGACGAGGAGUGCUCGAGCGACUUGAAGGAGGAGGAGAACCAGGAGGCGGCGUUCGAGUCGAAGGACGGUAAGUCCGACGUGGCUCGACCGCAGUGGCACUGUCCGCCUAAGAGCAUCUGGAAACCGACGGUCGAGGCUAUACAGGAAUUCGACAUGAUUCGCGACAGCGACAGGGUGCUGGUCUGCCUGUCGGUCAGCGGCAAGGACUCCCUGUCGCUGUUGCACACGUUGCGUCAGUAUAAGUUCUACGUUAGAUCGAAGGGUAUAGACUUCGAAAUCGGCGCGGCCGCGGUCGACACGGACGGAUUGGAUCCGAUCGAGAUGAUGAGCUACCUGAAGGCACUGGAUGUCCCGUACUACUACGAGGAUCGGAGCGCGGAGCAGAAGUCGAAGAUUAGCGAGAACCAGUCGGAGGACCCGCUGGAAGCGGGCAGCGCGUGUAGCUUUUGCAACCGGGCAAUCAGAGCACGGCUCUAUUCGAUCGCCAAACGGCACAAUUACAACGUGCUGGCCAUCGGCCAGCAUCUAGACGAUCUCACCGAGAGUUUCCUCGUCUCGGUGUUCCACGGCGGCAAGCUGAAAACCAUGAAGGCCCACUACUACAUCCGCAGGCAGGAUCUCAGGGUCGUCAGACCGUUCGUUUACGUUCGGGAGAAAUCGCUGAGGCAGUUCGCCGAGAGCAAGAAGCUGUUGGCUUCGCGGGGAACCAGGUCGAGCGACCUUCCCGAGAAACAGAAUCAAAACAAAGAAUUGAUCAUCCAACACGAGCGCACAUACCCUCGACUCUCGUGGUCGUUGAGGUCCGCUCUACGGCCACUGAUAGACGCGCACGGGCAACAAGCGGACUUGGACGCAGCCUGUGGCCCGAGCACGGCCAGCAGCUCGAGCAGUUCCAGCGCGAGUAGCAGCAGCUGCAGCAGCGCCAGCAACAGCGGUCAGCAAAAGAGGCAGCGACGAGUGAAAACGAGUUCCCUGUCGGCUGGCUCCGUCGCGCAGUGUCAAACGAAGGAUCAACAGGACAACGACGACACCGACGAGGAGCCGGUCCUUUGAGGGAGACCCGCCGCGAGAUGGGAUUUCCGUCGUUCCUCGGUCUCAUCCUCGCACCACCGUCGAAAACUACCAUUGAACCCGUUCUCCGUCGUGAGGAGAAGACGGCUGCGGUUCGCCGCGGCCGUCGCCAACCCCGUUGCCACCGCGGACGCACGCGAUCCGAAAGGAGGAUCUUAAGGACGGCCGACGACGCGACAAGAGUAUCGCGACGGAGCCAGAUCGACGGACGAUUUCGAAGCCGCGGGUGGAUCUCGUGCGACGAGCUGCGUUUUCCGUUGUCAAGUAGCGUUUAAUCAGUUCCGACUAUUUUAGACGGUCCCGAAUUACUUGCCAAUCGUUCGAACAAUUCAUCCGAGAACUCGGGACCUCCGUCGCGUAGCGAACGUAAUAGACGUCGGCGUCGAAGUUGCUCGCGAAUGUUUAGCAGCCGAUCGACGCGUCGAUCGGGAAGGGAUCGUCGGCGCACGAAUGUCGGGCGGCGCGAUCGCAGCGACGCUAGGCAGCGUCUCUCUCUCGCGGCCGGGCACGGCCGAGCCGCCAUCUUGUCGGCGCGCCGCUGCGACCCGUCCGCUCGCCGAGACGAUAUCGCUUCUCAGAGCUACUUAAGAGAUACACGUUUGUUGCGCGAUUAAAUGUUACUCUUACCUAAGGACACUUAGCGUUUAAAUAACCACAACAACACAUGCUGAGACUUCGGUUGUACUUCGCGAGUUCGGGGCGCCGCGACGACGGCGCGGGGAGUACGGUCGUUACCCUGGGACACGGGGUAGACGCCGGAGGCCAGCUGGUCCCCGUUCCCCGACCAUCGUUCCGUUCCCAUAAGAUAUCGCGCUGAUCGUGAAACCGCGGUGCGAAGCACGUUCGACUCGACUCGGACCGGCGACGGUGGCCCGAACGCGAAAACCACGGGGAACAGGUUGACCUGAGAUGAACCAAAACCUCGACUGCUCAACCGGCGGGACUGCGGCGCAGUUAACGGCGGACGCUUCAUUCUUUUUUAUAUGUACACGACAAAUUGUGAUUACGGGGGAUCGCGCGAGCGCGCGUUCCAGCUUCGCCGGCGAUUAGGGUGUAGUGCGAUUAAGACACAAAAUUUUUUGUAAACCGCGACCACGGACCGGGGCGAGCCUCUCUCUUUUUCGAGACACUUUUUUUGACGAGCGCAUGCGAACGAAACGGGACGGAAAGGAAGUGUAGACAUUCGGUUCCUCGACGCGAGAGAAGAGAGAGACGAACGAUGCGCGCGUGUCUGCGCUCCGUCGUUCACGGAUCGAUAGGGCGUUCAUUUUUUUGCGGUCAGAAAAAAUGUCGCCCUUGACCCUCUGGGAACGAUCACACUCAUUGAUGCGCGCGCGCGCGCGCGUGGCGAGCCGCGGGAAUAUUCGGUUUGGUCCACCGUGAUUUCGACACGGUGGGCAUCGGUACUCGACACGAUACGCGUAUUUAUUGCACCGACUGAUUGAGAAACGAGACGCGAUUGAGGGGUGGAAGGUUUUGACGAAUUCUCAGCGGCGUGACACGUAACUCCGAUCGCACGCGCACAACGAUGCGCCGACUCGGGCGCACUCGUGGAACACGUUGUACAUAGAUUGCUUAUAACAGAGCGGACCGAAGGGAGAUCACACGGUUACAUCAUUAAACGAAAGCUUUUUCCUCUUAACUGGUACGCGCGCAUGAAUAUUAUACAUGUAUAAAC